AUGUAAAAUAUUUGCAUAUAGAGUAAAUACACGACUCUGGAUAAGCAAGAUCAGCAGAUUUAAGGAUCACAACUUUUUGGAAAAACUCAGAAUUUCAUGCAGAAGAAGAGCCCAAACAAAAAUAAUGCCAACUCUUAAAUAAACUAGCAAUCAAUCACAGUUUUAAAUCAGGUGAAUCAUAGCUCGAAUAAAAGUUUGACUAGCUUACAAAACCUUACUAAUAAUAUGAACUAGCAAUCACCAUAUGGUGGGUCCUUUAAUCUUGAGGGAAGCUUAUUCGAAAACAUUUAAUUAAAAUAAGUAGAAUUAGAUAGCAAGUUUAAGAGCUAUGAAGUUGAUCAGCUUAGCUUUAACUCCAUAUAAAAAGAGAGACUAGAUAAUCUUGAAUAAAUCCUAUCAAAUUGUUUCAAAAUAUUGUUUGAAAGGCAAAAUCAGAUUGAUUCUAAAAUCUAAAACAUAGAGAUGAGACUUUUUAAAUCGCUUAAAAGUGAAUAUAGAGAGUUCCUAAAUACUAAUCAGCGCGGAACAACUCAACUCCUUCAAGGUGACAAUGGCCUAACUUUUCCUAGAGAUAGAAGCCUAAGUGAGAAUGAAAAUUUAUUGUAGAUAUUCAAAAGUGAUAAGAAACUCCUCAGCAAUAUUUAGAGCAAUUAUAUGAGUAAAGUCAACAUUAACCUAAACAACUUUAAUACUAAUAGCUGUACUUAAUCUAGUAGAAUGUCCGGAGUGCACACUAAAAAGAACACUUAAGUAAGUAACAGAGACAAGCCUUUUUCAGAAUAUAAAGGUGAGUACUAAGCACCGCCUAAGCUUACUAAAAAUCAAUCAUUUACCGAGAAGAGAGGUAUUUUGAGGAAAGAUAGAUCAUAAAAUGAUGAAAACUUUAACCCUUUGUUAAAGUAGCACAGCGGAGUUCCUUUAGUCUAAGCUCCAAUAGAUAGUAAAAAUCUUACAACCAUGAUUGAGUCAUCAAGAAAUUUCAAGCUUACUAUGAAGAAAGAUUCAAAUGCCAAUAAAUAGACGACGACUAAUUCUACAUCUAAAAGUAUAGUUCCUGAGAAAAAGAUAAAUCUGACUAGGGAGAACAGGAACUCAAAUUCUACUUAGGAAUUAAGGAUUUUGCAAUAGCAGGCUGAAGAAAAUAUUUUAACCACUAAGGAUGAAUGCUUUAAGACUAUUGAAGGGUCACUAAACAGCACAUAAUAGGUUUUGAAAAAUGGCAAGUAAACUGAAAGGCAGAAGAAAAACAAAAAGCUUAUAGAUAAUUAUCAAAAGAAUGUGCCUACUAAAGUGAAUAAUCUCAAGACAUUAAACUUGUAAAGACCGUCAACUUCAAAUGAAAAAAGAAUGAAUAACACACACCAAAUCCUUAACUUGCCUUAGAACUCUCUCAUUGCAAAGACCGUAAAUAAGCAGACUAUGAUUGAAGUAUCCAAGGGUAAUAAUUACUUUUAGAGUAAUAACUCUUAAUCGAAGCUCUCUUUGAGUUCUUAAUCAGGAGAAUCUAUGAGGAGAAAUUCCUUAGAUCUAUGCAAAUCUAUGCUUAAACCAGCUGAAGAUUCAUCUUCGUCUCCUAAAUUUAUUAAUCAUAUCAAUAAGAGUGAUAAUAAAACAGAACUUAAACUAAGAUUAUCUGAAAAUGGAGAGGAAAUGCUGGAACCUAAAUAAAUGAUUGGCAAUAAGUUCAGAAUUGAUAAUGAACUUCACCAGCAAUAGAAUCAAGUAACUUUGGAGUUUUUCUAAGAAUAGCCAAGGUUUGAAAGAACGAGAAACGUUGAACAUAAAUUCUUCGAUACGAUUAUAUCUAAGGAGGACUAAAGUGAUUUCGAUGAAAAGAAAGUGGAAUUUGUUAACAAAUAAACGGAGGAUAAAGAUCAAGAUGAAUUCUAAAGUGAGGUACUUAAUAAGCUCUCUGCUAAUUCAGUUUAUUAAUCUAAGAAUAUGGGCCUAUCUAGGUUUAUUAGCAAUAAUAAAUCAUAAAUAGAUUUUAAGAAUCAUUACAAUAAGGUAGAAUUCAGGAAUCUUACUGAAUUAAUCCUUCUUAAAGGCAAUAAAUGCUAGUGCAUCCAAUCAUGCAAAGAUGAGAAUAUAUAUCUAAACUAAGAUUAAUGCGGAGAGUAUUGCAAAAGGCUUGGCCCCUAGUAGGAAAGAGAUAUAAUUAAGUAACUAAUCAUUAAAGAAAACGAAAGCUUUAUAGUUUAGGAUUAUGGCUAAUUAGGGAGUCCAUCACUUGGAAAUAUUAAUCAUUCAAAUCACAAGAUCCUCGCACCAUCAUCUAGAUCUAGAUCUCCAGCUCAAAACAUUGAGGAUCUCAAUUAUAAGACUUAGUAAUAAAAUAGAAGAGAUGAGAAGAAAUAUCUAAUCAAUGCUAAAUGGUGGAGGUCCUGGUGUGACUAUGUCAACUUUGAAGCCACUACUCCUAAAAAGCAGAAAGAAAACCUAGAAAUGCUGAAUGAGAAAUACAAAGAAAAUGGGGAAAAGAGGCAAAUCAUUUUAAAUUUGAAAAAUGUAAAGAACUAAGUUAUUCAGAAAACUAGUUAGUUGCCUGGCAGCAAUUACCCUAAGCCUAGUAAAAUUAUGAAUGUAGAGAUUUUAAAGGAUGGAAAGUAAUGUGAAAUUAAAGAUGAUUUGGUAGAGCAUUUUGACUUCAUUGCAGUAUCUUGUGAAGUCUGGAAACAUCUAUACAGUUGGUACAGUGCGGAUUGGACUAUUAUGAGAUUUAUGAAAAGAGAUAAAACAAACAAGAGAGCUUACUUUUUGGAUUUAUACCCUGAGAAGAACGCUAUUAGUAAAUAUAUGAUAGAACAUGAAAGUGAAUAGUUUGAAUCAGAAUCUGAAUUCAGCUAAUAUUUGGCAAAUGAUGAAAAAGCUUUGUAAUUAAGAGAUUUAACAUGA